CAGACAAUUAUGAAACUCUGAAGGAAAACUGUGUGUGAAAGCUCAUAUUCAAGCAAACCAGGAAAUGCAACACACUGGCUCGAAGGGAUUUCAAUCAAAAAUAUAACACCUCAAAAAUCAAGGUCUUAAAAGUAUUGUAAUUAAUAGGAAAUUGUUAAAACGAACACAAACUGCAGAAACGAGCUGCUCUGUUCAAUCUCUGGGUGAGUGUAGCCCUCUAGAGGACACACGGAGAAGUGCAGCCACUGCGCGGCUCCAUCUCAAACCAUCUUUAAAGUUUUCACGAGUCCCUACUGGAAGCGGGAUGUGCUGACUGUAGUUUUAUUCAGUGAAGGUGUCACAUUCGUACUGGUGGCCUCCCCUCCCCACAUGACGUGUUCACCACGCGAACACCUCACUGCCUUGUUUGGUGUAACAUAAUCUGCUCCCUGAGUGAGUGAGGUUGUUUCCUUGCGAAGGUCUGGUUUGUGUUUUUACCAUCUGUUUCUGUUCCUUUUUUUUUUCUUUUUUUUUGCCAAGCACUGACUGGAAAUAUUUUUGUUUCACCUCGGUGAAAUUAACUGCCAAUGAUGGAGAUUUGACUAGACCUGAGCUGACAGAAGAUAAAUCGUGUUCUCGUCAUCCGUGCUGCUGUUGGACAACAAUACUGUUUUUUUUUUAUUCAGGCGACUGUAGAUGACGCAGAAAGGAAAAAAUACGGGAAUUUAGUUCUGGCUGAUGUGUGUCGUUUAUAAAAAACGAGUGCGGUUAAAAUGUAUCCAGACGGAAGGUAGGUAAUCAAUGAGAGGGAAUGUGGGAAAUAAUGUGGAUAACGAGUCAUAUGCAACUCUAACAUAGAGCUUAAAGUCUUUAUUUAAAUUCCAUCUUCUUUGUGAGUUCAAUUCAAAUAAAUAAAGUUCUUUGGGGCCACACAGUUGAAGAAAAGAGUUGAUAAAUAUGGACAACGGGCCCACACGUCAUUGCAUUGGCCAAACUGACGCCAUUUUCCCGGAGUUUGGAGUCCGAGUCUGCGCAGUAGCUACUGACGGGGGGUCGAGUCGCGCGCAAUAUCGACUAAACGAAAACUGGAGUAAGUCUCUCCGGAAGCACGCGUGGAUCAUCGAUAACGCGGUUACACACACCACCACUACCGGGUCACACUACGCAGACUCAAUGGCGCAAUGGCGUCAGUUUGGCCAGUGCAAGGACGCGGGGACGCGUUGUCCACGUUUAUAUGCGCUCUACGGUUUAUACUGAAUGAGAAGUGACGCGUGAUAUCAGGUGGAUUUUCCCUGCAGCUAUGAUAUGCAUCCCUGCGCCCGAGGCCCACAAGUUUACCGGUGACAUCUAAACGCACCUUAAAUUUGUGGACAUGUGCGGCUCAAAACUCAAGCGGGCCGCUACCGAAUCUGUACGUGUCAUCAUAAGCAUAAUCCGAAUGAUAAGAUUUGUGUAUUUGCAGUUAAAAUAAAAUAAAGUUUAUAAGUAUUAGACAGCCAUGUGUGGAUUUGUUAAAUUAUUUUGCACAUAUACGAAAUGCGUUAGAAAAAAAAGGCAACUGGACUUGUAGAGUUUUAAGAAAACGCCGCUCAUACGAGUAGCUUCGUCAGUUUUCUCCGUUUUAAUGAGUUUCUUCGAAAAGUUUCCUAUUUAAAUUAAACCUCAACUUCCCACCAGUCUCUUUGAAGUGAGGAAGCUGUUCGGAUGAGCGGCGAAACAUCGUCUCAAAUCUCUCCAAGUUCAGUUGCCUUUUUUUAAAAAAAAAAUUUAAAAAAAUAAAUAAAAGAAAAGAAAAAGAAAAACGCCUUUAGGAUUAACAUGACCUGGAUGACUGACAACCUUCACAGUUUCACACACAGUUUUACUUGUGGACCAUGGAAGAAACAUUUGUGCUAACUUUGUGACUAAUUUCAGUCUAGCCGAGACUCAGGUGUUCGUGACGUGUUCGCUUACCUUUUGCGCACGUGCGGACGGUGCGCGCUCAAAUUCAAACAGAACGCCUAGCGAAUCACCGUUUAAAUAUGAGCGCAUAACGCCGACGUCACAGUCAUGUGACCGACCUUGUUUAUUUUUCGUGUGAAACACGUUUUUUGCGCUUUGUUGAGGAGCAAUAGUUCGAAAAUGAAUAAUGUUGAAAUAGAAAUAUUUUUUGUUCACGCGUAGAAGGUAAAUUUUUGUGUUGUAAUGGGGAGAAAAUGACAUUGUGGUAAUCGUGGCCCAUUUAGUGUGCCUGGUGGGCGUGGCUUACCUGUAUAAAACGGCCUCCAGCAGAGCGGGCGACUCAGUCAUGUUUCGGGCACGCACAGGGCAACGUCGGUGGCUUGAAGUACUGACCGCACUGCACUACUUGGAAUUCCCAAUUCCUGGAAGGAGCAUAUCCAUCAUCUAAGAAAAGUCUUAGGGAAGAAUCUAAGGAGCAGGCAAAGCGUGAAUGGACCAAGCAGGAGAUGUGAUGCCAUCUGAGAAGUGGAGGGGUGCGGCCACAAGUGGAUGAGGUGGAAGUGAUCCUGAACUGCCGCCGUCUUCGCAGUUGGCACUCAUCGCACUGACUACCGAAGAUCCAAAAACCCUGUGGACAAAAUUGUGAAGAAGCUUUCAGGAUAAGAUAAGAACGCAGGCUCUCCUUCAACAUAUCAAAAUCCUGGCUUCAAUCCGAUUUGAUUUAUAUAGCAACAAAUUGUCUCACGACGCUUGACAAAAACCACCCUGAAAGGCGAUGAUGGCAAAGAAAACUCCCUUUUAACAGGACGAAACCUAAUUCUUGAGCAAGCAAUUUCUGGUACAGGUAGAUGCCUCUGGUAGAUCUUGUCUUGGAGUCGUCUUGGCACAUGAUACAAAAGAGGGGAGACGUUUCCUGUACCUUGGUAGCAAGCGGCUUCCUCAGGAGAGCACGUAAUCUGUAGUGGUUAAAGAAGGCAUAGCCGAUCAUCAAUUGGGACUUCGAAGACCAACCAUCAGGGCCUCACCUUGUCAAACUCCAUGGACGACCACAACAGCCAUCAUACCUGGCGGUAUCUCUCCGUGCAGCCAUUUAAGUUUGUUGUUCACCACUGAUCAGACAAGAGAAACAUAGUUGAAGACUACCCCUCGAGGUUACCAUACAUGGCCGACCUCUGGGAUGAGGGCGUGGUGUGACCAAGCGGCCCACGCCAAUGGCCGUCGAAGAGUUCACAGAAACCCACACUUGCACAAAUGGUACAUUCAUUCUCAUUAGCCUUUAUUCAUUUCAAAUGGGACGCUAAGGGUGCACACGGUUAUUGUGAGUUUACUUACGUCUUUUGUGUGUGUGCACUCAAAUGCAAAUGGAGGCUCCAGCCAAUCACCCUUUAAAUUUCAACAUGGUUUGAUGCAUUAUGCUGACAUCACUCUUGUGAACGAUUUCUAGUUGAAAUGUGAAACACAUUCUUUGCACUCAAUUGAGGAGCAAUAUUGUGAGAAUGAAUAAUGUUGAAACAAAAACAUUUGUAAUAAUGACAGAAUUAAUGAGCCUGGUGGGAGGGGCUUACCCAUGUAUUGCACUUUUGGGACAAGAGCCAAAUCAUUAUUUUUUUUACUAAUACUUUACUGCAACUACGUCUGCGAUUGAGUGACAGAACCUCAUCGCACCCUUUCAUGAGUAUUAAGCCCACAGCUAUUUCCUGUGCAGACAAGUGAGUUGGUCAAAUAAAUAAGCAGGUUGGGUGACAAGGAGGGGGUCAAAGUGAGUCAGCCAUGCUAGCUUACUGGAAUUGACCAGAGCCGGCUUCCCGAUAACUAACUCCUCCCAAGUUCUCCACUUUCACCUCCUUGUAUAGUCUAGUUCACCAGCAAAGUAUUUCCAUCUGCGUCACGCUGCUCCUACAACAUAAAGGAACAAUGUGUUUGCGCGCAGGAGGCUGAAACACUCUUUUGUGAGUGAGAUAAAUUACGGUUCUUACACUCCCAACAAACUAUCAUCAAGUAUGGGUCAGCAGUUACCUCCGAGUUUCAAGGGGAGGCCGAUGCACAACAACAAAGAUGAGUUGUUGAGUGGACAAAAAGACUUUUAUUCUAUGUCAUGUAGUUUUACUUGACAGGGCAGUAUUAAAAUUGGUCAGUUUGAGAAAGCACAAAAUGUCCAUCUAAGUUUGACCACAUUAGUGUAAUAUAAGGGCCAGCAUGUCGAUGUUGCCCGGCAGUUUAUUUUAAGUUCUGCGGUAUUAUUUGUUCGUUAUGUAUCUUUUCUGUAUUGAUUUAAUGUUGACCCCCAGGAUGACUAGCAGUGCCCUAGGGCACAGUAAAUGGGGAUCCCUAUAAAUAAAAUACAUUCCAGAGUCUGGAUUUGAACCCAUGCCCCCGAAGAGACCGGAGCCGUAAUGGAGCGGAGAACAGAAACGUUCUGCAAAUCAACCACAACAUUAAAGCCACUUCAGCAUGCAAACAUUCAUUCAUGUGGAUGUUACAGAGACUCUGUCCAAUGUAUGUUCUACUGAUUGUGUUUUUAUCCUGUAUUUUUUAUUUUUGCAAAAAUAUCUUUAUUUUAUUCUGUGUAGAUUUUUGCUUUUUGGUCAACGUCUGUUGUUUUAAAUGUGCUCUAUAACACUCCUUGAUGGCAUACACACACAAAAAAUGGUUUGAGAGCAACUCAACACACAUGAAAAACGGCACAAGGUUUUGGCCUGGCCUCCACAUUCACUCGAUGCCAAAUAGAUCAAGCACUGAAAAAACAUCCUGUUUCCAGACACCACAGGACACCCUCAGAAGUCUCUGAUGAGUCACAACUGUUUUGAAGCCACAAGAAAGACUCUCACAAUAUUAGGAAGGUGGUCAUAAUGUUAUGCCUGAUCGGUGUAAUUUGCAUGUAUGCAACUUUACAGUAGUCAGAUCAACGCUAAAGGACAUGGUUCACACAAGAUUUGACCAGAGAUUCUGCUGUUGGUACCAACCAGGACACCGACAUGGGACUAAGACAGACAGUAAGAAGCGUUAGAGCAGCACAAUGACGAACAUGCUGUCUUCUGCACGCACAGUCACACACACUCCCUCUCACAGAACUUAAAAAACGCCUCCAGAAACCACGGCGGUUUAAGAAGAGUGCCUACGUUUCCAUUAUUCAGUCCUCGUUUUUUUUUCUGCGUCUUCAACACUGUCUUGACUGAUAAUUAAAAACGUCGCCAUGGACGAAGAUUUCACGCUUAAUAACUCUAAUUUCAAAGAUAAGCAAAAUAAAAGCAACUAGUGAAGAUGACUCACCGGAUAGUAAAUUCUAGUUUCCUGAGUGAAAUACGUUUGUUGAUUUAUUUGGUCGUACACUUGGCUCGAGCUUCUACCUACACAUUUUCCAUUUCUUAAAAUUCGGGAUAUACCAACGACAACAACAGGCCAAAAUUCAAAUCACCUUCCAGGAAACCAAAACUUUGGGUGUUUUCCAAAGUCCUGAGUCAGCAUGGACUAUCAUCAUCAUCAUCAUUAACAUUAUCAUGGCACAGAGUGUAAACUUCUUGCAAAAUCGGGGUGUGUGGAGAAGAUGACCUGCACGGGUCGUGGGGGGAGGAGAGAAGGAGGGGAACGGCGUGAGUUCAGAGCAGACUAUUUAAAAUGAGGGAAACCUGUAGACGUGUCAUCUUCGAGUCACAGCACGUUACAGGAACAGAGCCAAAAACUAAACAAAAGACAAAAAACAAGGAUGCACAUCCUCGCGGCUUUUCUUUAUGUCUGUCUUAUGGCAGCUCCUGAGUGCGCGAGUAUUCCCAUCAAAAAAAACACAGAAGACAUAGUGAACAUUGCUAAGACAACCCUGGUUCACAUUAAGAAACUCAGGACGGAGCUGCCAGUGUCUCCACCGAUGGAUAACACUCCUCCUAUUGGGGGACUGACUGGUAUCAGCCAUGACCUCGGGCUUUUGGAUAAUGAACUCAGGAGCCUGCAGACGGAUUUUCUCAGCCAGAUCCAGGCCGACGUGUCCAGCUUGAAGGGAAGGGUGCUCUCCCUCGGCUCAACUUUGAACUGCCCGGUCCAGGUCCAGGCCCAGCAGAGAGCGCCGGAGACCGGGAUGCAUCUGUACCCAGAGAGCCACCUCUACCUGAUGCUGGGAAAGGUGCAGAGCUACCUGGACAAACUUCUUCUCCACAAGGAAAAACUCAAGGUCUGCUGACAAACCCACGCUCAUGUAGUCGCCAAGCCGCGCCGUAACGCUCGCAUACGAGGCUCAUUUGCAAUUUUGUAAUCUCUCUUUGCAAAUGCCUUUUUCUCUUAUUGGACUUUUGUAAAGCAUGCAAACAUGUUUUUGUUUUUUUAAAAGUUAGUUCUCAAUAUAAUGAAUGAUGAAUGAAAUGCAAGCAGCUCAAUAUUUGCACAAGACUUUGUACUUAAGCCUCUCAAUGAACAGUAUAGUAUAAUUAUAAUAUUUCAAUACAUUGUUAAAAAGCUAUAUUACUCAAAGGAUGUUUCUUCCUGACAGCUCAACAGUUAGAGUAAAAGUAUGAAUAACGUCUUGAUGAAUGUUCAGUGUCAUCUAAAGUCUGUAUUUUACUGAGGAGAGACAAUUAAGCUAAAGAUUAUCAGGUUGUAUGAAAGCUGAAAUUUGUAUUACAAUGAACUGGUAAUGUGUGGUUGUUACUCCCAAGACAAGAUCUUAUUUGUGUUUAAUCUAAAAAGCUUAUUUUUUUCAAAUGUGAGGGGGAAAAAAAUUAGGAAAUUAGGAAAUUAUUACGUACAUAUAUACAAACAUAUUUUUUUAGGUACUUCUUUUCUACUUUUUAACUUUGUAAAAUAAAACAAAUACGUCUUUUUUGUCAAAAUAACAUUUUAACUAUCAAUAUAAAAUAUAAAAUGGGCAUGUAACAGGAAUAAAAAGGGGCCAUGUUAAAUAGUAAAUUGGAAAACUAAUCUUCAGUAUUUGUAAAAUAAGGUUGCUUGACGGUUAAUAAUUAUUUUAUUAUUAGCGAAAUUGGAAUUAGUUGAAACUUAAAGUUUGCUGUGGGAAGGAAACCGAUUUACAUUUUCUCGUACUUUCUUGUGCUUUAAUGGUGCAAAGUUAACAUAAGUUAACAUCCCAUAAAUUAUAAUUAAUAUUAUUUACUUUAUACAGUGAAUAAUACUUGUUAUUUUUACACCAUUUCAGUACAUUCAGUGUGAAGUUUGAAAUUGAAACUGCCUUCUGGUACACUUACUGUUUUGCAAAAAUUGGUUCAGAAAAUUAAAGUAGAUACAAAAUAGAGGAAAACCUGUUUCCUCGGGAAGGAAAAGAGAGAUAAUCCUCUGUUGGUUAUUAUAGAUGCACUAGAGAAGCGUGUUCCAGUAAAGGCCGAACGUUGACCCACAUGAAAACACACCAGUACGAACCAGUACAAUCCAGGGAGUAUGACACGUGUACACAGAUGUGCGCUAUUACACCACAAUACAUGGGACAGAGCCUCUACGCUGCAACAUCCUUACAAGCUCUGAGAAAGAUAUAAAGAAAAAGAGAAUGACUUGAGUUUAUUUAUAUAUUCACUGCAUAUUUAUUCACAUUAAAAGAAAGAAAACUGAAAACAGGUAGCUACAGGAUCACAGUCUUCUUUAAAUGUUUCAUAUUAAUAUGCAUGGAACCAUGAGUUUUAUAACUUUCUGCUUUGUGCUUCGGAGAAUUAUCCAUUUUCUGUUCUUUCAUACAAACAAAUAAAAUGAACAAGAAUCUACUGAAAUGUUGUAUUUUUGUUCCAUUUGCAAAAUACAUUUUGCGUUUUUUUUUUUUUUUUUGUUUUUUGGAUGGAAACUUAUGAAUUAAUUAUUAAUCCAAAGAUAAAGGCCAUGGGGCAAAUUGAUUAAUUUGUGAAUAAACUAUGUAAAAACAGUGGAUUUUAGUUGUAAAUUGACAGACUUUUAAUUUGAAAAUAGACUUUUUAGGGUUUCAUAUAGAAGAAAAUCAAGAGUCGGUUAUAAACUGUAGUAUUUACAGUUAAAAAAAAAAUGAAUUCAAAUCUAGAGCUGGGACUUCACUUCUACUUCAAGAAAACUAAAUGAAUUUAAAUAUUAAGUUAAUCAAAAGCUAAUACAAACUACGCACACAAAGUAGAUCCACAUAUGGAUUUACUUCUAACAGAUUUUACAAAUUUCCAUCCUACGUAAGUCUGAAUCGCAUUAAACAUUUGUCUUCCUUCGCAACUUUCUUCUGCUUUUACACAAAAGUGACUGAGGUGCAAAAUGGAUUAUCUGUCACGUGUUAAAAUAAAAGUAAUUCUCAUGUCGAGUCCCUGUGAGCUACAUAUUAUCUAUUUAUUUUAACAUUUUGAAUAUAUCUUAUUAUUACAGUUCUUAUCUUUUUACCUUUUUAAACUGAUCAUUCACAUUCAACCAUGUUACCAUUUCAUAGCAUUUUAUAUGGUUUAUGUCCCCAUUUUGUGUUGUUUUGUCUUGUUUACUGUAUUUUACUGCAGUUUGGUGUUUCUGAGAGUUUUAAAGUAUCUAUCUAUCUAUCUAUCUAUCUAUCUAUCUGUCUGUGUAGCGAGAUGAGUGUUUAUGGUAUAUGACUUGUUUGUGGGGAAACUUGUAGAGAAACGGUGUUAAAAAAAACCCCGACCACACAGACGUGGAAAUAGCUGCAUAUUUUUUUGUUAUUUUUCUUGACAGUAGAACGACUAAAGUGUGAAGAUGGUGACGAUGAAAUGACAUCUGUGUGAACGCUUCAGAGCCGUGAAGGAGGUGGGGCAGCGGGGGAAAAUGUGCGUGAGACCAUGAGAUGAUGGAAAUUUCCAGGACGCUGUGUGUUUAUUCAUUGUGACACUUCCUAAAAUCAAGCAAAGUUAUCUAGAUAGGACUAAUAAAAGGUUUCAUGUGAGGCGUAGGUUAUUUUAUUAUUAUUAAAAGAUGUAUCUUCAUCAAAAAAUACAAAACAGGCAAAUUAUUAAAACUGUCAUAUGCUAAGAUCUGAAUAAAUGCAUUCAUAUGUUGUUUAGGUAAAAUAUAAUGUUUCUGUCAUGUAUGAGUAAAUACAGGUUAGUACACUAGGGAAGUUAGAGGUCAUAUAAUGUAAAAAGAAACUACUUGAAUGAGUGAAUUUCUUUUAAGGUAAAGAAAUAAAAUGGGUUCCAACAUUGUAUUUGUGAGGGCUAUGGAAAUAAAAAUAAGAAUAUGAAAACUUUUAGGGCGUAUGAUUUAAAACAGAUGCAAGACGAAUGUUUCAGAGCCGUAUAUACAUCUCUUAGCAAUUAUUACUCAUUCUUCCAGCCGCCUAAACAAGAUAUGUACUCGCCCCACUCUCCGACAAAUGCAACUUAAAGUAAUCCUAUCCUGAUCCGAGCAAGGAGCAGCAGCAGCAUGACUCACCCUUAUAUAAACGGUGGGUCUGUUUGGGCCGACACACGGCGGAGAGGUCGACUUCAAGCGAACGUCACGGCCCGCUCGGUUCAUCUAAAUCUAGAACAAAGGCAACUGGACACGUGUGAGGUUUAUUUAGUCCUAAAUGCCAUUUUAAACAGUUCCAAUAACCCUGUUUUGCUCUUGUCUAAAACAUAUACCGUGACCGGGACAACCAAGAGUCUUCACAGAUACAGGAGAAGUGAAUAACAUUGACCAACUUUUGGACCUGGAAUUCGUGCGGAUGUCAGCGUAAAGUGUUGACCCGGCCUCCGAAUUCACUAGAUCCCAAACUGAUCAAAUAUCUGUGGGAUGAUCCACAGAGGCCCCCUCCCCCUCAACCCAUAGGAACCCAAAGGCCCCCGACUAACAACCUCCCGUUUCCAGACCCCACAGGACGCCCUCAGAAAGCCCACGUCCAUUCUCUGAUGAGUCACGAUUUUUUUGGAGGCACAAUGGAGACCUACACGAUAUUAGGAAGUCGGUCAUAAUGUUAUGCCCGAUUGAUGUAUGUCACUUAUGCACAGAAUGCCGGC